ACUGCAGUGACUGCCACAGCCUCUGGAUGGAGAGCAGCAGCAGCUCCUCCAUUACCAGCUGGGUCACAUGACUCUGACGUCACCAGAGGGCCUCUCUCCCUCUAGCACCCAGCAUUUACCGUCUGCUGCCUGGAGUCGGGACACACCCGGAUACCGGGGACCGGUCCGGGGGCUACCGGGACCAUGCGUAUCUGCUCUGUGUAGAGGGACAGCGUGGACGUGUGGACGUUCCCAUAAAAUGUCCCGGAGGAAACAGACAACUCCAAAUAAAGUACAUUGGGAGCAGAUGUUUGCUGGAUUGGAGCAGGCUCGUCAAGCAAUGAUGAAAACGGAGAUUAUUAAACAGGAAGCGUCUGAGAUGGAUCACAAUGACAGAAGCAGCAGUGACAGUGAUGAUGAGACCACAAUCGAUGAGCUGUCGUCCCCGGCCUCAGAGGAAGACAGCGCGGAGAGAGAUGUGGAGGAGCCUGGCAUCAGCAGAAGGAAAGGGAAGCAAGGACAUGCUAACAUGGUCUCUCAGGCUCUUGACAAUCACCUGGAGUCCGGGCUGUUUCUUUGCCCACUUUGUCAGCUGGAUUGUGAAAGCCAGGAGCAGCUGAUCACUCAUGUCUAUCAGCACUCGGCUGCCGUGGUCAGCGCUAAAAGUUAUCUGUGCCCGGUGUGUGGCCGCGCACUCAGCUCGCCGGGGUCCUUGGGGCGUCACCUCCUCAUACAUUCAGAGGAUCAGCAUUCUAAUUGCGCUGUAUGCGGGGCUCCGUUCUCCAGCCAUGCUACCUUCAACAGCGAGAAACUGCCAGAGGUUUUGUCUCCAGAGACCUGGAAUCAGAACAACCACAAAAACGCCAAUGGAUUGGAGGAGAAAUGUCCAGAUUUUAAUGCUGUUUACCCUGCCGGUGUACUACUCGUGUGCAACAACUGCGUGGCCUAUAGGAAGAUGAUGACCACUCAGUCCACCUCCGUACGCAAGUGGGCAACUCGCAGACAGAACGAGCCUGUGGAGGCGAGAGUUCAACGCCUGGAGCGGGAGCGUACUGCCAAGAAGAGCAGGCGGGACAGUGAGACCCCUGAGGAACGAGAGAUGAGAAGGAUGAGGGACAGAGAAGCAAAGAGGCAACAGAGAAUGCAGGAAACCGAUGAACAGCGUGCAAGACGCCUGCAGCGUGAUCGCGAAGCUAUGCGGCUGAAACGGGCUAACGAGACACCAGACAAACGCCAAGCGCGACUGGUUCGGGAGCGUGAAGCCAAAAGGUUGAAACGACGACUUGAAAAGAUGGACAUGAUGCUCCGGGCACAAUUUGGGCAGGACCCAACCACAAUGGCAGCACUAGCCGCGGAAAUGAACUUCUUUCAGCUUCCAGUGGGAAACAAUGAGCUGGAACAGCAGAUUCUUGAGAAGAUUUCACUGGACGAUCAAAAUAGCACUACUCUGCACUGACCUGAUUGUGAGAUUGGUUUUCAUUGGUUAACCAGACCACACCGGGACAUCCCACCACAGGGCAAGCUGUUACUCCUGUUAGUAUGUGAUACAUGAAUCAUGUUUCCUUUUAUACCUCUGUUGGGUCUCUCCAACACAGAAUUUCCAGUCCGAAGAACUGAGAGGAGCCACUCACUCCCACCUGGGGUAGUCAACGGUGAAAGCCAUUGCUCAGGAUUAUAAGGCUGCUGUCGGGAAAAUUAAUGUUUGCGGUUGUAGUAUACAUCUCGUAAGCCGAUAUAAACUACAAAGUGACUAUUCCAAUAUCUGGGCGGGAGUCACAGACCCUUCCACAUUCUAAGAGCCGGACAGACUCCAGACCUCCUCAAAUGGUGCAUUUCAGAGACUGUGUGUAAUACAGGGUAUGAAAACGCAGAAUUGCCACUCUGCUCACGUGGCUCCUUUUUGUGCUGUGUCUGAUCUCUGCCGUAAGUGAGUUGUAUGUCUGUAGUAUGUUUUAUUUAUGUGUGUGUGUGACAGAGUAUAUCAGCAGCAUCCGUGGAAAUGUACAAGAUAUGUGAUGUGGAGCCAAUAAAUUAUUUUAAUAUGGGGUUGAUGUGGUUUCCACCUAUGGCACCCUACAUAAACAUUGUGUGCUUAGGGCUCGAUCAUCUGUACCGGGACAGGAUAAAAACAAACGUGAAUUCUU